AUGCUGGUCGCCGGAGGCACGCCGGCGGGCUUUGAGGAACUCGUGCCUGCCAAGCCUCCGGUCCUGGCGCACGCCCCUGCUAUGCCUGAUGAGGGCAGCGUCUACGACUUUGUGUGGGAUCCCAAGGCAGCAGCCCCCAGGGGCUCGGGCGCCUGGCUGCCCUGGAGCGGCGUCAUGCGGGCGCUGUCGAUCCCCCAGGGCGCCUCGUUUGGUGACAUCAUCGUGCCGACCGUGGACACGGCCAGGUACUCAUUUCUGUUUGACCUAUCCCUACGCCAGCGCUAUCCCCUGCUGCUGGUUGGACCCACGGGCACCGGAAAAACCACUCUUGUCAUGCGGCACCUGCUUGGCAGCGGCAAGGGCGGCGGCGGCGGGGGCGCGGAGCCAGAGGAAGCGGCCGAGGCCGCGGAGACAGCCGCCGAGGGCGGGAUGGGGGCGGCGGCGGCGGCGGCGGCGCUUGUGGGGGGCAUGGCGGCUGACAAAUGGGUGCCUGUGUUCCUGACUCUCAGCGCGCGGACGACAGCCAACAUGGUGCAAGACCAGGUGGACGGGCGCCUCGACAAGCGUAAGAAGGGCGUUUACGGCCCGCCGAUCGGGCGGCGCGCCAUCGUGUUUGUGGACGACCUUAACAUGCCGUCAAAAGAGACCUAUGGCGCCCAGCCGCCGCUGGAGCUGCUGCGGCAGGUCAUGGACCAGGGCGGCUGGUACGGCAGGGACAACGUGUGGCGCGCCACUGCAGACGUGCAGUGGGCGGCGGCGAUGGGCCCGCCCGGCGGCGGCCGCACGUUUGUCAGCGGCCGCGUGCUGCGCCACUUCAGCACGCUUGCGUGCGCCCAGGCGUCCGACGAGACCCUCACCCACAUCUUCAAAUCGAUCCUCUCGUGGCACCUGUCAAAGCGCGGCUUCCCCGCCGGCCUCGCGCCCCUGGCCGGGCCGCUUGUGGCCGCGACCCUCGACGUGUACACCGCGGCGGCCGCCAAGCUGCUGCCGACGCCGGCGAAGAGCCACUACCUUUUCAACCCCCGCGACUUUGCGCGCGGCAUGAUGAUGAUGCCACCCAGUGCAUUGUCCCGGGCCUCCGACCCGCAGGGCCCAGCAGACGGCGCCUCCUCAUCUGCCGCGCGCGCCCUGAAGCGCCUCUGGCUGCACGAGGCGCUGCGGGUGUUCUAUGAUAGACUGGUCGACGCCGCCGACAGGGAGUGGCUGCUCGAGCAGCUGCGCGGCAGCUGCCGGGGCCGGCUCGGGGAGGAGGUCGACGGGCUGCUGGCGCACCUGCCGCAGCAGGCGGCGGCGGCGGCGGCCGCGGCUGCGGGCAGCGGGGCGGCGGCUGGAGCGCAGGGCGGUCGUGUCGGUCAGGAGGAGCUGAGGAGGCUGUUCUUCGGCGACUUCUUGAACCCUGCAGCCGACCCCCUGGAGCGCCCCUACGCCGAACUGCCAGACGCGUCCAGGGCCACCGCCGCGGUGGAGGAGGCCCUGGCUGACCUGAACGCCCAAAGCCGGCGGCCGAUGCCGCUGGCGGUGUUCCUCUUCGUGGUGGAGCACGUCAGCCGGGUCUGCAGGGUGCUGAAACAGCCCGGCGGCAACAUGCUGCUGGUGGGCGUCGGCGGCAGCGGGCGUCAGAGCGUGGCGCGGCUGGCGGCCCACAUAUCUGGGAUGGAGGUCUUCCAGGUGGAAGUCGGUAAGAGCUACGGCCGGGCCGAGUGGCGCGAAGAUCUCAAGGCCUGCUGCCGACGCGCAGGAUCGGAGGGCAAGCGCCUCGUGUUCCUGCUCAGUGACGGGCAGCUCAAGGAAGAGGCGUGGCUGGAGGACGUCAAUAACCUCCUGAACUCGGGGGAAGUGCCAAACAUGUUCCCCGCCGAUGAGAAGAUGCAGAUCCUGGAGGCGGUGCGGCCCCUGGCCGCCCACCAAGGCCUGGAGACCCCCUUGGAGCUCUGGGGCUUCUUUGUCGCCCGCACCCGCGCCAACCUGCACCUGCUGCUGGCGCUCAGCCCCGCGGGCGCCGCUUUCAGGGAGCGGCUGAGGGCGAACCCUUCGCUGGUCAACUGCUGCACCAUUGACUGGUUUUGGCAGUGGCCGGCCGACGCUCUGGAGGCUGUGGCUCUCAAGGAGCUGCGCCAGCUGGACAUGGACGCGUCGUCGAGACGGAAGCUGGUGGGAAUCUGCCAGGCCGUGCACAACCAGGUGUCAGAAGGCAGCGCCCAGUUCCUGUCGGCCACCGGCCGCCACAACUACGUGACCCCCUCAUCAUACCUCGAGCUGCUGUCGACGUUCAGGACCCUCCUGGACGCGGCGCGCGCGGACAACGCGCGCCAGCGGCGGCGCUACACCGUCGGCCUCGAGAAGCUGGCCGGCAGCGCACAGCAGGUAGAGGCGAUGCAGGCGGAGCUCGUGGCGCUCCAGCCCCAGCUGGUGAAGACAGUGGCUGAGGUGGAGGCCCUGAUGGCGCGCAUCGCGCACGACAAGAAGCACGAGGUUGAGCCCAAGGCGGCGGUGGUGCGGGAGGAGGAGGCGCGGGCCCGGGCGGCGGCCGACGCGGCGCGCGCCAUCAAGGACGAAUGCGAGGCUGACCUGGCAGAGGCCAUCCCAAUCCUGAAUGACGCCCUGGCCGCCCUGGACACAAUCAAGGAGGCCGACAUCACCUACAUGCGCAAGCUGGCCAACCCUCCCGCCGCCAUCAAGCUUGUGCUGGAGGCGGUGUGUGUGGUGCUGGAUGUCAAACCAGUCAAGGGCAAAGACGAGGCGGGCAAGGAGAUCAAGGACUACUGGAAGCCCAGCGUGGCCCUCCUGAACGACAGGGAGUUUUUGUCAAAGCUCAAGGCGUAUGACAAGGACAACAUCGCGCCACGCAUCAUCGCCGCCAUCCGCGCCACCUACAUCCCUGACGUGGGCUUCACGCCGGACGUCGCCAAGAGGGCCUCCCCCGCGGCGGAGGGGCUCUGCAAAUGGGUCCACGCCAUGAGCUCAUACGACAAGGUGGCCAAGGUGGUGGCGCCGAAGCGCGCCAAGCUGGCGGAGGCGGAGGGGACUUACGAGGGCGUCAUGGCGGGGCUGAAGGAGAAGCAGGGGGAGCUGCAGGCCCUCCUCGACCGCCUGGCGGGGAUGGAGGCCGACCUGAAGGCCAACACUGAGAAGAAGGAACGGCUGGAGGGGGAGAUAGAGCUGUGCAGCAUCAAGCUGGGGAGAGCGGCUGCGCUGAUCGGCGGGCUGGGCGGCGAGCGGACCCGGUGGCAGGAGAUGGCCACGGCCCUUGCCAAGGCGCAGGAGUGCCUCCUGGGCGACAUGCUGGUGGCGGCCGCGACGAUCGCCUACCUCGGCGCGUUCACGGCCCCCUGGCGCACCCGGCUGGUCCAGGGGGCGCUGGCGCUCUGCACUGCACAGGGCGUCCCCGUCAGCCCCUCCUACAGCCUGGUGUCCGCCCUGGGCACCCCCGUCAAGACGCGCGAAUGGCUCAUCGCGGGCCUGCCCAACGACGCCUUCAGCGUGGAGAACGCCAUCAUCGUCAGCCGCGCGCGGCGGUGGCCGCUCAUGAUAGACCCCCAGGCGCGUCCGCGCCCGCCUUUGCGGGGCGGAGCGGGCGGCGGGCAGGCCAACAAGUGGGUGCGCAACCUGGAGCGGCCCCACAACCUCCAGGUUUUGAAGCCGGGCAAUGGCAGCGACUUCAUGAGAUCCCUGGAGAACGCGGUGCAGUUUGGCCGCCCUGUGCUGCUGGAGAAUGUUGGGGAGGAGCUGGACCCUGCUCUGGAGCCACUCCUAGCAAAACAGGUCUUCAAGCAGGGCGGCGUCACCUGCAUCCGCCUUGGCGACGCGGCGGUGGAGUACAGCGCCGACUUCCGGCUGUACAUCACGACUAAGAUGAGGAACCCCCACUACCUUCCAGAGCUGGCUGUCAAGGUCAGUGGCGGGGGCGAUGUGACGCUCCUAAAUUUCAUGAUCACGCCCGGCGGCCUGAGCGACCAGCUGCUGGGGGUGCUGGUGGCGGCGGAGCGGCCAGAUCUUGAAGAGCAAAAGGCAGCCCUUGUCGUCAGCGGGGCGGAGAACAAGCGUCAGCUGCAAGAGAUUGAGGACCGAAUCCUGGAAGUGCUGUCAUCAUCAACGGGCAACAUCUUGGAGGAUGAAACGGCUGUUGGCGUCAUCACCGCGGCCAAGGCGCUGGGCAACGACGUCGCGGAGAAGCAGCGGCAGGCGGAGGCGACGGAGGCCGCGAUCGACGCGGCGCGGGCGGCGUACGCGCCGGCGGGGGAUCAUGCCUCGACGCUGUUCUUCUGCAUAUCAGACCUGGCCGUCGUCGACCCGAUGUACCAGUACUCCCUGCCCUGGUUCACGGCCCUGCUGCUGGGCGCCGCGCGCGACGCUGAGCGCCCGGCAGACGUCGCGGCACGGCUCGCGGCCGUGCAGCGGCAAUUCACCAUCAGCCUCUACAGGAACGUGUGCCGCUCGCUGUUUGAGAAGGACAAGCUGCUGUUUGCGUUCCUGCUGGCCGCGCGGCUGAUGGCGGCGGCGGGGGCGCUGGACGCGGACGAGUGGCGCUUCUUCCUCACCGGGGGCCUGGGCCAGCCGCGCGGCGACGCGCCCAACCCCGGUCCCUCCUGGCUGGUCGACCGCUCCUGGCGUCAGCUGCGGCUGCUCUCCGCGCUGCCCACGUUCCAUGGGCUCGAUGCGGCCGUGUCUGCCACGCCUACCGAGUGGCAGGCCGUGUACGACGCCCCUGAGCCCCAGAACGCCCCGCUGCCGGGGCUGUUUGCCUCGCUGGACCCCUUCCGGCGCCUCUGCGUCCUCAGGUGCCUGCGCCCGGACAAGGUGCUGCCCGCCGCCCAGCUCCUGGUCGAGUCCCGCCUCGGCCGCGCGUUUGUCGAGCCCCCGCCCUUCGACCUCGCCGCCUGCUACGCCGACAGCGGGCCGGCGACGCCGCUGGUGUUCGUGCUGUCGCCGGGCAGCGACCCGGCCGCGGCGCUGGCGCAGUUUGCAGGGGAGCGCGGCAUGGCGAGCCGGCUGUCAGCCAUCAGCCUGGGCCAGGGCCAGGGCGCCAAGGCGGCCGCGCUGAUCGCCGAGGCAGCCGCGGCCGGGUCUUGGAACUGCCACCUGGCACCCAGCUGGAUGCCGAGUUUGGACAAGAUCUGCGAAGACCUGAGCCCCGAGACCACCAACCCCUCCUUCCGCCUGUGGAUGACGUCAUACCCAUCCCCCAAGUUCCCGGUGAACAUCCUGCAGAACGGCGUGAAGAUGACGAACGAGCCGCCGCAGGGGCUCAGGGCCAACAUGAGGCGGUCGCUGGGGCAGGAGCCCCUGGCCAGUGAUGACUUUUUUGAGGGCUGCAGGCGCCCCGGGCCCUUCAAGCGCCUGGCAUUUGGCCUGGUGUUCUUUCAUGCGCUGGUGCAGGAGCGGCGCCAGUUUGGGCCGCUCGGCUGGAACAUUCCUUAUGGCUUCGAUGACGGGGACCAGCGCAUCAGCCUGAGGCAGCUUCGCAUGUUCCUGGACGAGUCGCCCGUCGGCGGCGACGAGCCAGGGGCCCAGAGCGCAGGCGUGCCGUUCGCGGCGCUGCGCUACGUCAUCGGCGAGUGCAAUUACGGCGGCCGCGUGACCGACGACAAGGACAGGCUCCUCCUGGCCACCCUCCUCGAGCGCUGCCUCUGCGCGCCGCUCGUCGACGCCCCCGGCUCGUACACCCUCUCUUCCCCCGCCUCCCCCGGCUUCGCCUACCGCUGCCCGCCCGACGGGCCGCGCGGCGGCUACCUGGCCCACGUGGACGCGCUGCCCCUCGCGGCCGACCCCGGCGCGUUCGGCCUGCACGCCAACGCCGACAUUGCGAAGGACAUAAACGCGACCGACGCGAUGCUCGGCAGCCUGCUGGCCAUGGGCGGCGGCGGCGAGGGCGGCGGCGACGCGGCGGCGGCGCCGGGCGGCGGGGGCGAGGGCGGCUGCGGCGGCGGCGCAAAGGCGGAGGAGGCGCGCCUGGCGCGCGUGGUGGGAGAGUGCCUGGCGGCGCUGCCGGCGCCGUUCGACGUCGAGUCGGCGGGCGCGAAGUUCCCGGUGUGCUACGAGGAGAGCAUGAACACCGUCUUGGUGCAGGAGAUGGCGCGCUUCAACCGCCUGACGGGCGUCUUGCGCGACAGCCUGGCCGCGAUGCAGCGCGCACUGGAGGGGCUGGCGGUCAUGAGCUCGGAGCUGGAGGCGGCGGCGCGCAGCGUCGCGCUCAACCAGGUCCCUGAGAUAUGGAAGAGGGUGUCCUACCCGUCCCUCAAGCCGCUCGCGUCAUACAUGGCGGACCUCUCGGCACGCCUAGCCAUGCUCGCCGCCUGGGCAGCCUCCGGCGCGCCGCCGCCGAGCUUCUGCCUCCCGUACUUCUUCUUCCCCCACUCUUUCCUGACGGCGGGGCUCCAAAACUACGCACGCCGCAACGGCAUGCCCAUCGACGUCGUGGCAUACGACUUUGAGGCAGUUGAGGCCCACCUGCUGUCCUCGUCAGCGCCCGGCGGGGGGACGGCAGCGGCGGCGGCGGCGGCGGGGCUGCCGUCGCGGCCGCCGCCGGAGGGCGUGUACGUGCACGGGCUGUGGUUGGAAGGGGCGCGGUGGGACGCGGGCGCGGGGCGGCUGGCGGAGUGCGAGCCAAAGGUGCUCUACGCGCCCGCGCCACCGCUGUGGUUCCGCCCCCGCCCCGCGGCGGAGAUACGCGAGGGGGGGCGGUACGCGUGCCCGCUGUACCGCACGGCCGAGCGGCGCGGCGUGCUCGCAACGACGGGGCACUCGACAAACUUUGUCGCGUUUGUGCGCCUGCCGAGCGCGGAGCCGGCGGCACAUUGGGUUAUGCGGGGCGCGGCGCUGCUCGCGCAGCUCUCGGAUUGA